AUGGCUGCCGCUCGCGAUGAUCUCCGGAGCUCGAUGGACGUCGACAUGAACGACCCCCGCCUAGGCUCGCCCUCCGCCGCCACCAACGGCGCCAAUGGCACACAUACUGAGAAGAGUCCAACCCCGCCCCCUCACCGGGCCAAUGGGAGCACCGCCGACGCCGACUCCUUCAAGCUGGCCGGCAACAAGUUCUUCAAGGAUGGAAACUACACCCGCGCCAUCGAGGAAUUCAACAAGGCCCUCGAGAUCUGCCCGGAUUCGUCCGUCUACCUGUCCAACCGGGCAGCUGCAUACAUGGCGGCCAACAAAUACCUGGCCGCCCUGGAGGACUGCGAACGCGCCCGCGUGCUCGACCCCACCAACACUAAGAUCAUGUACCGCCAGGCCCGCAUCCUGACCAGUCUGGGCCGUCCCACUGACGCCCUCGAUGUGCUGACCCGUAUCGAGCCCCCGGCCUCCGCCACGGACCGUGCGGCCGCCGAGAAGAUGCUCCGUUUCGUCUCCCAGGCGGAGGAGGCCCUCUCCCAGGACCGCGGAGUCUCGAUGGUGCUUUUCUGCCUGGACCAGGCCCGUCAGCUCCUCGGCCAAGGAGUCAAGGAGCCCCGCAAGUGGACGCUGAUGGCCGCGGAGGCGCAGUUGAAGAUGGGCAACGACAACUCGUUUGGCAAGGCCCAGGACAUCGCCAUCGGUAUGCUCCGGGAGAACAGCCAGGACCCUGAUGCGCUGAUGAUCCGUGCCCGGGCGUUUUACGGCAUGGGCGACACGGACCAGGCGCUGAAGCUGCUGAAGAUGUGCCUGGGGCUGGAUCCCGACAUGAAGGUGGCGAUCAAGCUGCUGCGGACGGUGCAGAAGUUGGUGCGCACCAAGGAAGAGGGCAACACGGCGUUCAAGGCCAAGGACUACCGGCGGGCGAUUGAGCUGUGGUCGGAGGCGCUGACGGUGGAUCCGAAGAAUAAGGACAUGAACGCCAAGAUCCUGCAAAACCGGGCGCAAGCCUACAUUAACCUCAAGGAGUUCGACAGCGCGGUGGCGGACUGCACCGAGGCCCUGCGGCUGGACCCUGGGUACGUCAAGGCGCAGAAGAUGCGGGCCAAGGCGUACGGCGGCGCGGGCAACUGGGAGGAAGCCGUGCGCGAGUACAAGGCGGUGGCUGAGACGAACCCGGCUGAGAAGGGCAUCCAGGAAGAGAUCCGGCGGGCAGAGUUUGAGCUGAAGAAGGCACAGCGCAAGGACUACUACAAGAUUCUUGGGGUGUCGAAGGAGGCGUCGGAGCAGGAGAUCAAGAAGGCGUACCGCAAGCUGGCCAUUGUGUACCACCCGGACAAGAACCGGGACGGCGAGGCGGGCGACGAGAAGUUCAAGGAGAUUGGCGAGGCAUACGAGACGCUGAUCGAUCCUCAGAAACGCGCUGCCUACGACAACGGCGACGACCUGAUGGACCCGGCCGACAUGUUCUCGCGCGGAGGAGGCUUCGGCGGCAUGGGUGGCAUGGGUGGUAUGGGAGGAAUGGGCGGAAUGGGUGGUAUGGGCGGCAUGGGGGGUAUGGGAGGCACCCAUAUCAACAUCGACCCCAGCGUGCUCUUCAACAUGAUGAACGGCGGCGGCGGCUUUGCGCAUGCAGGAGGUCAGCGUGGCGGUGGAUUCCCCGGUGGAUUCCCCUUCUAG